ACAUCCCUACGCAGCGCCGCUUAAAAUAUUUAGGUGAUAGCAACCGCACGAAAACACAUUCUACCCUGACCACACUUCAUGGAUAGAUAUGCUUCAACAUUUUGGUGAGCGUUCAUUCUUACACAUUAUCUGAAGAAAACGGAAAUGCUGAAAUGUUCUGCUAUUCACUCCAUUCCCCCAACUCUCGCAAGUCUCGGUGAAGAUAUUAAUGGAGACUUCGAGUCAAGACCACCCGUCAAUUCAAAACAACCCGGACCCUUCGAUAAUCAAAACAAAAAUCUUUGGGGGAAUACAGUUUCAAAAUGUUCGAAUCCUGGGUUCCGAAAUACAUCAGUUGUUGCGCCAACAAAAGACUUACUGUGCAUUGGGGAUUUGGUGAAAGAGCGAUGGCGAGUGGUUCGAAAACUUGGUGGAGGAGGGUUCGGUGAGAUAUACGAGGCGGUUGAUGUUAAACGAAUGCUGUAUGGUAAGGCAGAUACAGCAGGUUCUGUGAAUGCCAUAAGUCAACCUGUGUGUGCACAAUGCACUUCUAAGGCAAUGCUGAAAGACGCAGACCCGCAGCCGAUUUUCAUACCUGAAUUAGGAUAUGUGGUCAAUAAAUUGAACCAUAGCGGAACCACCUCAGACAGUGGGAUCGGACUGCCGCAAGUCUCUUUGGAACCUAAUGCUCAAAUUACAACUACUAACUCCAUUUCAGGCAUCUCAGGGACCAUUGAAGAACGACUUCGUUUUCCAUCUCGGUGUCAGCCGGUUGCAAUCGAUGUUAGCACCAAAUGUGAAGAACUGAAUGGACAACUGGAUCCUUCAUCAAUACGCACCCAGCUGUCCAGAGUAAUCGCAAAAAACACAAGCUGCGCGGUUUGCAAACUUCCGGUGACCUCCAAGCGUACAAGUCGACCGAAUAGCGUACCCAAUGAGAAUUGCACUUCUGUCGACUCCGGCAUUUCCACAGUAUCCACUGAUGUAGUAAAUAUGCGAGUGGCUGUCAAGGUGGAAUCGAGCAAACAGAAACGGCAAUUAUUGAGUAUGGAAGUGGCUGUUCUUCGUCGUUUGCAAGGGAAACCACAUUUUUGUCAGCUACUUGGUUGUGGUAAAAACACUCGGUUCAAUUACAUGGUGAUGACGCUGCAAGGUCAAAAUCUGGCUGAAAUUCGGCGAGUUGUUCCUUCGGCGGCAUUUUCCCAGGCGACUGCGAUUCGCUUGAUUUCCCAGUGUCUGGACGCAGUGCGUACACUGCACGACGCCGGAUUUUUGCACAGAGACAUAAAACCAUCCAACUUUGCCUUACAACACAUCUCUCAAAACGACAGAUUUUCCAAGCCUAAGAUUAUCCUUUUGGAUUUUGGGCUCGCCCGGCCUUACACUGUGGCUGGUCCGAACAGCGAGGUCCGCAGUGCAAGGUCUGCCGCCGGGUUUCGUGGAACAGUUCGCUACGCUUCUAUACAUGCACAUCAGCACCGAGAUUUAGCGCGGCGGGAUGACCUUUGGUCCUUAUUCUACAUGUUCGUGGAGUUCAUUUCAGGACAGCUACCCUGGCGACGUGUGCGCGAUAAGCAGCUUGUUGGUCAGAUGAAACUUGCCGUAGACAAUGAAGAACUAGCUUUAAAGGGUGGUGUGCCACCUGAUGUUGUGAAGAUAUGGUGUGCUCAUUUAGCAAUGUUAGACUAUGAGAGCAAGCCAGAUUACGACCUACUGGAAAAUAGUCUAUCCACUUGGUUGGCAAAAAAUCAUAUCGGAUGGAAUGAUGCUUACGACUGGGAGCGGUGCAAGGCAGAUUCCUCAAUCUUAUUUGAUCCACUGAUAAACAAAUCGAGAACCGAUUUUGAAGGAAAAUUCCAACAACUUCGCUGUCUUGACAGACUGAAGCCUGUUGAUAGCACUGUUGGAUUACGUAAUCCUACGAUGAAACACCCCGUAACACAUGGCAAACGAAGUGCUUUUCGUCAAUCUGUGCAGUCCAGGGUAAAUGAUCCCUAUUUCCGUAAAUCCAACAGUGUUAACAGAUUGCAUCGGCAUCCUAGUAAAAGGAGUAAGUCAAAAAGCCAAAGGAAAAGCAAUGCAGCAAUCGCAGAGGAACUCACGAUUCAAGCUCAAGAUCAUUCGCUUGGAUGCGAAGUGAAUACUCGGUACAAAACAGCAUGUUUUGUUGAUUUAUCGGUGGAAAAAACACAGACAGAUAUCUACUGUCCUGACCGAAUGGACCAAGAGGAAGACAACUGCGGACUUGGCUGCGAACUUGCUUCUCAGAAGUCACAACCUAACUUGAUGAGGAGUUCACAUUUUACGAAGGGGAAUAUGAAUGAAAGCGCUCAAAUUGCUAAUUCUUGUUCUUGCUCAUCUCCCAUAUCAUCUGCCCAAGGUGGCUAUUGGGCUGCUCGCUUGCCGAAACCAGAAGCGGAACCCCAAGUUGACAAAGCGCCCAAAUUAACAAGUAAAGAAAUCGGUAUCUUAACCAACACCAAGGAAGCACCCCAAGUGAUCAAACUACAUCCACGAGCGGCGACUGGGAUUGGUUUUCCAGAGCAACAGAGGUCUUGCGAAUCACCCUGCGAAGAGACUGCUAAGAAUGACUUAAAGGGUGAACUCUUAUUUAAUGACCGCCUAGUUGAUAAUUUAAAUCCUAUCAUGGGCUCACAUGAGGGAUUGGAAGUAAUGAACAAAAACCCAAGAGUAAAAAUUCAGGAAAUUAUUAGGAACCUACUAGCGCGAAGAAAAGAAGAACAGGUGGAGCGACAUGGUCAUGUAGAGGACGAAAUAGUUGAUGUGGCACCAGAUACAAUAAACGCAAUUAUUCCGAUUUCUUCAUCGGUCAACUCUUGCAACUUCUCCGUAGAGAAUGAACCAAGUAACAAAUGUGAAGUUGGACCACAGAAUUUCUCAACAUUGUGUUCCCAAACCAGUGUUCAGCUACACGCACCACCCAGCGAGGAUGGUGUUCGUCACCGUAAGCUAACCAUGUGCAUGAGGCAGUUGGAACAUGCCACUACUUCAAAAACCAUUAAACAUAAAAGUACCGCAGUGGGAAAUAAUGGUCCUCACCCAGUUUCGACGGUGCCACCAAGAGCCGAACUAUCUAGGUGUGCAGCGGAAAUCUCUAGUGGUGAUGGUGUAUUGUGUGACGUUUUCAGCGGUGAUGGGCUUGCUCAAAGGAACAAGCAAACCAUACCGGGACAACUGCUGGACGACCAUGCGGGAAGGUCUUCUACCGACACAGAUCAAUCAGUGAAGCCGAAGCCGCUACCGCGCAAAAGAAAAAGCGUCGCUACACAGCUCACUGAAGAAACCCUCCAUGGAUUACUGCAGCGUCGCCGUUCUACCACCACAAUCUUCGGACUAAACAAACAAGUUGAUCACUCGGUCUUGACGAAAACUCCCUUAUUUGAGCCUGGAGCUGUCGAAUCAAGGCAUGGAUUAAUCUGGAACGAAAGGGAAACACAAUUACUGGGCCGACCUGCCAGUGAAUAUCCCGUCAGCUUGGCCAUCUGCAAUCAGCCAAUGAAGCCUAGUAGCUGUACUCGAAAAGUCCCAGCCCAUGUGGAUUGGCCACUUGCCAAAACGGGCUCAGCAAAAGUAGCGUUGCAUGGACAUGACCAUCCGCGUCCCCGGACUCAGUGUACUGCACUCACUCCGAUGCAUGGCACACCCAGCGUGAUUCAAACAGAUGGAGAACGUUGGAGUAAACGCAGUCAAAAUGGAACAUCUACACAAGUUUCAGCGGUCGAUAUACAGAGCAUUCACUCUGACAGGAGAACAAAUGAUUUUCGUCGGGUUCCAUUCCAGGCUUCAAUCCAUCCACGUGGGUCUAGAAAUUAUUGGAUACCCACAAUAAGUGACCGUUCGCUGUCUAAGCCUCAAGUGCAAGCAGUGACAGCAGUCGGAAGCAUAAAUGAAAACCUGCAAUCUAUGAUGGGUGAAAGCCGGGUGAUUCAGGAAGAAUGCACCGGUCGUUUACAAACUACACAGAGAUUGGGAGCGAUAGCACCGAAACCGACGUCAAAUGUUAUCACCUCAUGCCAAACAAAACCUUCAAAGGUGGAAACUCGAUGUACGCAAAGUGCCAAAUCCGAACGGCAAUGGAAACAGAUGCAGAAUAAGUCGAGUAUUCCAGAAGACAGUACUUUGAGGCCAGUCGGUGAACGAGUUCGACAAUCACGAAUGCAGGGCGAUUACUCAAGGAGCAAACAGUACGAACCAUUGCGAGUAUACCCUGAUAAGAACCAGUCUAAUGGGCCCAUCUGUAACACAAGAUUGUCUUCCAUGCUGAGGUCACAUUCAGUGGAUAGAUGUGCGCCAUGCAGGAAACACAUUUCUUCAAAUCAUAUACCAAAAAGAGUGGGUACCAAUCCUGUACAAAAUCACAGAAUUUUCAGCGGAAGCAGUAGUUCUCUUCUACCAACAAAUGCUUCUGUAUCGCUUAAAACACUCAUUUGCGGUUCACCAAAGGUGUGCAGUGGAAAUAGGGUCGCAUUAAAGCCGAAUUUACUACUUUGUGAUCAUCAAUCAAAGUGAUUAUUAAACGCAUGGUGCGGUGAGCAACGGACUGUCGGGAUCACAGAAGUAACUCAUUUCAACCACAUGCUCCUAGCUCAUUUACCAAAAGCAUUUCGAAUUCAAAAAUAGCUCACGAAUUACUUUCUUUGGAAUAUAUACGUGCUGGUUACUAUCAAAUGCGGAGGGUCUAUUUCAGUUGGAAAUAUUGCUUUUAUUACCCAUGCAUUCGGUAACACGUCUUCCCACAGGCACUGAAGUGAAUUCUUCCGAUAUCCGAGUGAGCAAUUAUUUAGUUUAUUUUCAUCACGGCUGCACUUUUGCGCAUGAUUCAAUCUGAGCUUUCAUUGGCUUACAAACCUCGCGACGGCAUGUUGGAUGGAUUAAACUGUCCCAUAUGCAACUCCUGUGAUUUCUACACAUUUAUAACAAUAUAGCCAUAUACAAACAUUAUUUCCCGGUUACUUCAUCUAACCAUUCCUUCACAUCCUGGACCAUAUUCUUCUUUUCUAACCACUUGAGGAAGCCCUUGGCAGACGUGGAGACCAGAAUUGAUGGUCUGCUUAAAAAGAAACAUUUUGGUCCACCUAUUUUUCUUCUUUGUACUUUACUGCUUUAUACUGAAACUUUUUUCUUCACAAAGUCUUCCCAACUUGCGAUGCCGCUGAAUGCCCAUCGAAUCACUUCGAACGUUCCGCGUUUUGUUUUAAAAUGGAAACGCAUAGGAACGGAAUCUGUACGGUUGCAUUCAAAAUGCCUUGAUAUAGUAAAACUAUACGCUGCGUUCGUGUUCCUCGCUAAAUGAAUAAGCAGGGCACAAUCGCAUGUUUCAGAUCACUAGAUUAAAAGUUCAGCUUAUGUUGCCU